AUUCUCCUGACCCCUGCUCAGGAUAGUUCGUAGCCCUUUACAUUCAAUAUGAGGUUUGCCCAAACUCAGCUUGGUGCUCUCUGUUUCUCCCCUGUGGUUGCUCAUCUGACCUGUGAGUAGUCUACUUCCCAGUGCCCUGGUUUGAGUUGCCCUAAGUCUUGAUACCUCUCAAAGGUCUCUCCUGCAGCCACUGCAGGCUAAGCUGGUUGUGAAGAGCUCAGGAGCAUCACAGAGGAGACCUCGUGAGGCUGGGAUUGUAAGCAGUUGGGUGAAGAAGGUGUUCAGCCACUAUGCCAAGAUGCCAGUGACCAGAGAAGCCUUCAGAAUUGUGGAGAAAUGCUCCAAGAGAUACUUCAAGCAGCUAAGCAACGACCUGGAAGCUUAUGCCAACCAUGCAGGGAGGAGGACCGUGGAGAUGGCUGACUUGGAAGUCCUCAUGAGGAGACAGGGGCUGGUGACAGACAGAGUGCCGAUGCAGGUGCUGAUAGAGCAUCACCUCCCUCUGGAGUACAGGAAGCUCCUGAUCCCCGUGGCAGUGAAUGGAAACAAAGUGAUCCCCAGCCAGUGAGUGUGCCUGUGGGGCUGGGAAGGUGGCCUGCUGCCAGAGCCUGCCUGGAGGUUCUCCUGUGGAACUCCUCUGUCUGAUGGGUCUCUACCAGUAAGCAGUGGGGCACUGAUGGUCAUCAUUCCCCUGAACUGCUGCUGUGGCUGUACCAGCAGCCUGCUGGAUCUCACUAGCUGGUGUUGCAAGCAAUUUGCCUGACCUGCCUUUUCUGUGUUACCAUUGAGCACUUGUGCAGCUCUGGUGAAUAAAAUGUUCUCUGUCUUCUGCAUGAUGCAAAUGCUGCUCCUUCUAGAGAGCUG